AUAUUACGAAAAUACCCUAAAAUGUACGAUCAGAGCGUGUAGGGCUAAAACGGUCUCUACCGACUACCAAUCAACACCAAAUUCCUUCUCUCGGUCGGGAACUUGAAACUUAGAACAACGUUUAUAAGGCCUAAAACAUCCUUCUUCGAUUCUUUUUCCUUUUCGUAAACCGAAUUCCUAAGAGCAGCAAUCUUGGACGCCAUUCAAAAACGCCUCACCUUCAUUUCAUCUUCAUUUACUCAAUUUCAUCUUCAUUUACUCAAUUUCAUCUUCAUUCUCAGAAAGUUGGGAUAGUGCCUUCUUUUUUGGUGGGUCAUCUGCCCCGGUUAAGAUUCAAUUUGAAUUCGACGAGAAAGUAUUGUUCUUGUUUUCUCCGGUUGUGGAUGUUGUGAGCUACCAGAACUGGGAUUUGAUUGAAGAAGAUUUGAUACACACAUUUUACUUUGUUUCGGGUUAGUCGCGUUGUAGGCUUCUUUUCUUUUGUUGCUUUAUGCAAUUUUUGAGUUAUGGCUAUCCAUUGGUUUUCGCUAUCGAUAAUUUAGAUGGGUUCAUGUGAUGACCCGGCUGUGAUCGGGGAACCGUUUCGUGCCUCUGUUACUCGGCUGGUCAGGUGUUCGAGUCAACCUCUUCCCGAGCAUCAGUCGCACCAGGAGAUGGCUUCCUUUUCAUCUAAUUCUCGUGAGGGCCAGAUGUUUGAGCCAGAUAGGGGGCUGGAAGUGACUACGGCUUCUCUCUGUACGAAUGCAUCGGACCCUGAUACUUCUGGGGAGGAUGGGACGCUUAGAGGCUUCGAACAUGCAGAUAGUUUGCUAAUGGAUAAAAGAUUGGAUGGUGAUUCUGGCGGUAGUGAUCCCUGUCUAAACUUGGAUAACGAGUCUUGCAACGAGGGGAAUAAAACAUUGAGCUUGGAUAUGAAAGAGUCUGAAGACGUUGAUGGUUUGGUUGAUAUUUUGGGAUGCGAUGCUACCAUGGAAAUGAUUUCUUUAACUGAGUCAUUAGUAAAUUCUGUGAAACCUGAAGAACUUGAUAAUAAUAGUUGUAUAAUUGAUGCUCCUGCAAAAGUUGAAAGGGAUGAUACUGCACAAAAUGGUCCUAUUUUAGCAGGGACGGGUACUCGUACAGAUGACUUAAAAUCUUCUUAUGUCUGUGAAAUUGUUUCUAAUUCAGCUUCGGCUGAUGGACUGCCAAAUGAUUUCAUACAGAAAAACGAGCUGGAAAAUGAUGGUGCUGGUUGUUCAUUUUCUGAGGUUGCAGAUAGGAUAACUGAGGCUUCGGUUGAACUAGAAGCAGAUAUGUUGAAUGAGAUGUCCCCUUUACAGAGUGGUCAAAUACUACCAAUACAUGUGGGGCAAUCAAUUGCCAACUAUGAUCGGUAUGUUUGCCGGAUGGACGGGAAGAGCUUAAGUAGCACCUCUGGAGAAACAGUAACUGUAGUUGCUGAUAUGAACAGCAACCCUGAAGGAUGCCUGCAAAUGUUGCCUUCCCAGGGAUGCGAUAGGAUUGGGGAAUGCUUGCAAUCUGAUGGUUUACCACUAACUAUUAAUGCUUCAGAGAAUGAUUUGUGUGAGGAAAAGCAUGACAGUAAUUCCUCAUCCAAGUACGUUCCAGAUGUUGGGGGAGAUGAUAGUGAUGUCUUGACUAACAAUAAUAGUGAUGGUGGACAACAUACAGUUCCGGGGAUUGGAAAUGACCAUAAUCUGGAGGACGCUACUGUUCAAGUGAACCACGACUGUGUCGAACUACUUUCAUCGCCCUUGCCUUCUCAGCUCCCUAAUUCUGAGAAAGAUGAAUUUUAUGGAAUGUUGAAUGGAGCAGAUAUUCCAAUAAAAUAUAUUAGUUCUGUUAAUUCAUGUAGCGUCGGUGAUCAAGACAACAAUGACAUAGAGAAAGUUGGCUGUGUUUCUGAAGUUAAAUGUCCUGAAACAGUUAUCACGUCUUCUAAGAGGAGUGGCCGAAGGAGAACAUCAAGCCAAAAAACUGUGACAAAAAGGGCUUCCAGGAAAACAAAAAAAAAGGUGCCAGAGCCACUGAUUUUUGACACUGCAAGAAGGAGGAGAAGCUCUAUAUCUAGACCUGCUCGUCCCUCACCCUGGGGAUCACUGGGCCAUAUUAUUCAGUCAUUUGAAGAAAUUGAUGAUGUUCUGGUAAAUCAAACCCAGAAGCAAGGAAAUGAGAAAUCUAAAGGUAAUCAAGGAGGUGCCAAGCGGAAUAAGAAACAGCUAAGUGAAAGUUCACAUAGAUCAAGAAAAGGGACCCAAGGAAAAUCUGCUACUUCAACUUCAACCAACCGUAUUCGUCUGAAGGUUAAAUUAGGUAAAAACGUGGGUCAUAAUUUUCUGAACAUUGUGGUUCCCGAAAUUGUUGAUUCAUCAUUGUCUGCCAAGGGUGUCAACUGCAAUUAUGGCAAUGAAUCAUAUUGGGAAGGUAAUUUGGAAUUCCCUCCAUCAAACCUUGGUGUUGAUGACCAAAAGGCCGAGGAGGAGGGGCCUUUAAGAAAGAUCUUCUGCUACAGCAGGAAUCAGGAUAAAGAAGAUAAUUGUCCUGAUGCUUCUGUUGUGAAUGAACAAUGUACUAAUAAUGAUUCAAGUUGCAUCGUUGGUAUAGACAAGUCCUCUGAAAAACAUGCAGAUGAUAAUCUCUGUGUUUCCUCCCAUUUGGUUGAUCCUGUAGCGACAAGUGAUGCCAGGAGUUUGGAUCCUGGAACUUCGCCUGAUUCAGAAGUGAUAAAUUCAGUUUUAGAUAUUCAAGUCGGAGCAGCACGUCAGGAAAUUUUGCAGGACUCGGUUUUGGCAUCCUUAGAAGAUUUUGCCGCUUCUGGAAAUGCUCCCGGUAGUAAGAAAGGUAGGAAGAAGGACAAACCCUCUCGGGUAGUUAGUUGUUCUGAGGAACGUGGCAUAAGUGUUUCUGCUUGCAGUAACAGGUCCAAGUCAUCAAAGAAGCACGGAAGAAGACAUAAUGUGGACAAUCAACUUAGUUCUGAGAUUGAACUUCCUGAAGAGACUUUGAAAGCAGAAGACAUUCUCAAUGAUAAAGAAUGUUGCAGAGCAGAUGUUGGCAGUGUGUUUUCUGAAUCAGAGAAUUCAAAAACAUUUCUUCCUUCUCAAUCCGCAAAGAAGAAACAUCCCAAAGGUUCUAAAUCUAUUAAAACUAGCAAAGGCAAGUCAAAGGCUCCUGGCUCAAAAAACAAAAUAAAGAAUGCUUCAAAUGAAAGGGUUUACCAACGGAAGUCUUUUAAAAAUAGUAAAAGCAAGGAGGCUCUAUGUGACCAAGUUGUGACUGAAACAGAAAGUCACCAAAUCAUAGGAAAUUGUCUUGUCGACAAGCCUGAGAAAAGCGAUAACAUUAUUGCAUCCACGGUGGCAGUAGAUUUGAGUGUGGUACAGGGUGCUGUGAAUGAGCAGUAUAUGCCUCCUCGCAAUGCUUGGGUGCUCUGCGAUGACUGUCAUAAAUGGCGACGCAUACCAGCUUCUCUUGUUGAUAGUUUAGGACAUGCAAGUUGCACAUGGACUUGUAAGGACAAUGUGGAUAAAGCUUUUGCUAAUUGCUCAAUCCCACAAGAGAAGUCGAAUGCAGAGAUUAAUGCAGAGUUGGAAAUAUCAGAUGAAUCUGGGGAAGAAAAUGGUUCCAAAAAACGGCUAACUUACAGGGAAUUGGAGAGUUUUCAUCCAGCAACAGUGAAUGCUGUUCCUCAACAGAACAAAUUUGCUUCCAUUAGCAGCAAUCAGUUUUUGCACCGCAGUCGUAAAACCCAGACUAUUGAUGAGAUAAUGGUUUGUCACUGCAAACCAGCUUUGGAUGGUCGGUUAGGUUGUGGAGAUGAAUGCUUGAACCGAAUGCUCAAUAUUGAAUGUGUACGAGGUACAUGUCCUUGUGGGGAACUUUGUUCUAAUCAACAGUUCCAGAAGCGUAAGUAUGCUAAAUUACAGUGGUUGCGAUGUGGAAAGAAAGGUUAUGGGCUACAGUUGCUUGAGGAUAUAUCAAAAGGACAAUUUCUCAUUGAGUAUGUUGGAGAGGUCCUUGACAUGCAUGCUUAUGAGGCACGCCAAAAGGAAUAUGCAUUGAAUGGUCAUCGGCAUUUUUACUUCAUGACCCUAAAUGGCAGCGAGGUCAUAGACGCAUGUGGAAAGGGAAAUUUGGGGCGUUUCAUUAAUCACAGUUGUGAUCCAAAUUGCCGCACGGAGAAGUGGAUGGUGAAUGGAGAAAUCUGCAUUGGGCUCUUUGCACUAAGGGAUAUUAAGAAGGGGGAAGAGGUGACAUUUGACUACAAUUAUGUAAGGGUAUUUGGGGCUGCUGCAAAAAAAUGUUAUUGUGGUUCUUUCCAUUGUCGAGGUUAUAUAGGUGGAGACCCCCUCAAUUCUGAGGUCAUUAUUCAAAGUGAUUCAGAUGAAGAAUUCCCCGAACCUGUGAUGCUUCGAGGAGAUGGAAGAAGUUUGAAUAGUAACUUGUCAACUGCAGUUAGUUCAAUGGAUGUUGCUAAAAUGCAAUCCUCUGAGCAUCUAAAAGGGAAUAGGGAUAAGAGAGAUCAACCUAUCAGAAUUGCUAGUGAAUUGAAGAUUUCAGAAGAAAAAGUGGAUCCUCUUAAGCUUUCUGCGUCGAAGAUUUCAGAAGAAAAAGAGGAUCCUCUUAAACUUUCUGCAACGAAGAUUUCAGAAGAAAAAGAAGAUCCUCUUAACCUUUCUGCCUCUACCAUUUCUCCAUUGCAUAGUUCAUUGGAAUUCGAAGAUUCGAAGGUAGCAUCACCUAUUCCAGUGCCAGAUAUUACCCAUCAGACUGAGGAUGUGACAAGCCAACCUAUCUUUGUUGAUCAGACAGAAAUAUCUCUUUUGGACAAUAUUCCUGACAAAAAUACAUGCUCUAUUGAGCAGGAGGCAAAGUUAUCAGUGGAUGACAUUGACGCUCGUAAGAAGUCCAAGCUGGAUUCUGUUGAAGAUAAGCAAGUGUAUAUAAAAUCGCAUCCUCGGAUGAAAACUUCGCGUAAACUAGGUUCCAUCAAGAAAGGAAAAGUUAGCUCUGCAGAAAAAAUACAAAUAACUAACAGGUCCCAGAUUUCCUCUGUAAAGCCCAAGCGAUUGAUUGAAGGUUCUCCGGGUAACCGCUUUGAAGCAGUUGAGGAGAAGCUUAAUGAACUUCUGGAUGCUGAAGGGGGAAUUAGCAAAAGAAAAGAUGCCCCUAAAGGGUACUUAAAGCUUCUUCUUCUGACUGCUGCAUCGGGUGCAAGUGCUAGCGGUGAAGCAAUUCAGAGCAAUCGGGAUCUUUCAAUGAUCCUUGAUGCUCUUUUGAAGACAAAGUCACGAUUAGUAUUGACUGACAUAAUAAACAAAAAUGGUUUGCGGAUGCUGCAUAACAUAAUGAAGCAAUAUAGAAGUGACUUCAAAAAGAUACCUAUUCUUCGGAAGCUUUUGAAGGUCCUGGAAUACUUGGUGACAAGAGAGAUACUCACUUCAGAGCAUAUCAAUGGCGGUCCCCCUUGCCCUGGAAUGGAAAGUUUGAGAGAGUCCUUAUUGUCACUGACAGAGCAUGAUGACAAACAGGUACAUCAAAUUGCCCGAAGUUUUCGGGACAGAUGGUUCCCAAGACAUACUAGAAAAUUUGGUUAUUCUGAGAGAGAGGAUGGGAGAUUGGAAGUUUACAGGGGUUCAAACAGCAGUAGGUUUACUGCAUCACACAGUUUUCGGCACGAUCAGGAUUGCAGACCCACAGAUGCAAUUGAUUGUAUCAAGCAGUCGAUGCCUACAUCUUUGCCAGAUGCUCAUCCUGCAGAGGUCUGUUCUCUGGCUUCCGCAGCUAGUCACUCAGUGAAUGGACAAAAAGUCCGUAAGCGUAAGAGUCGAUGGGAUCAGCCUGCAGAUACGAGCCUAGAUCUGAGAUCUAAGGAGCAGAAGCUUGAAUCAACAUCGGUGCAGGAAUUGAAUUCCAGCCAAUUAAAUAGUGUUGGAGCAGCAUCAAUGCUGAUAGACAAAGUAAACAAUGAUGAUAAGGACAUCUCCCUCUCUGAUUCUGUUGGAGUACCUUGUCGGCAAGAUGAAGAUAUAAGGGCUGACAGUGCAGUGCCAAACAUCCCUGAAGAUAUUCCUCCUGGAUUUUCAUCUCCCUUCAAUCCCCCUGUUGCUUCCUCAAGUGCUUUUUCAGCAGUUUUAGAUCCUCCUCGACAGAAUAUUGGCGAUUUGAGUUGUGCUUUUUCCACAGUUGGGCAUCUACAGGAAAGAUUUAUUUCUCGCUUGCCUGUAUCCUAUGGAAUUCCAUUUUCUAUCAUUGAGCAAUGUGGAACAUCUCAUGCAGAGAAUCUGGAGUGUUGGGAUGUUGCUCCUGGAGUGCCUUUUCAUCCUUUUCCACCCCUACCACCAUAUCCCCGAGGUAUGAGAGGCCUGCCUACAUCUGCCUGUGGUACUGCUGGACAAUCGUCUCAGGAAGGGCAGGUGAACAGCCAUGAUUCUCGAACUUCUUUCUCAGAAGAAAGCCCUCCUAGUACAAGUACUAAUUACCAAACAGAUUUGUGCACUCCAUCAAACAACCAGCAGAUAGCGAAACGGGCAAAAGAAUCAUCAUGUGACUUGGGACGAAGAUACUUUAGGCAGCAGAAGUGGCGUAAUACAAAGUUUGGCCCCCCUUGGUUACAGAGAAGAAGUCAGUGGGGAUGCCAGGGGAACUUCAGGGGUGGGGUGAGCACUAUAGGUGAUGAAAAUAUUCCCGACGAGGAAAUAAGUCCAUAUUGCUCGGAUGAAGCAAGCGGUAGAGUGGAUAAAGCUAAUGGUGAUUUUUAUCAGCAUUUGCAGAACCAAAAUCUGCGUUAGUCUUAGGAAAAUAAUGAUCUGAAAUUUCAAUAGAACAAUGUAUUCUCAGUUCUUUUUCUUACUUAGGUUUGUACUCGAUGAAGUUUCUUCAACUUCAGUAUGGUAGUGCUCUUACUCCAGCAUUAGUAGUAGUACUAUUCAUGAGGUUGAUUAUUGCUUCCAUUAGCAUAUGAGGUUUUGGAUCUUUCUCCAUCAAUCAACACCUCAAAGAGGUAGGCAUUCUUAUUUGUAUAUCAUUUUCUCACAAAAAUUAAAUUGUGACACGCAAUGUUUAAAAAUCUCGGAAAAAUAAAAUUUUCAUUUAUUCUUGCUGUCA